AUGUCAACGGAAGCAGUCAGGACCGUGACUUCUGUCGCCUUCGAGGAGCAGUUCAAGUGCUGCAUCUGCCUGAACAUCUACACCGACCCGGUCUCCACGCCGUGUGGACACAACUUCUGCCUCCACUGCAUCGAAGGCUACUGGGACACCAAGGGCAAGUCCGACUGUCCGCUGUGCAAGCAGACGUACAGGAAACGCCCGGAGCUCAGGAUCAACCGAGAGUUUGCAGAAAUCAUUGAAUUCAUUAAAAGGUCUUUGUUGCUCAGAGCAGCAGAGGAGGAAGCUGUCGAGUCUCUAGUGGAACCAAACCAACGCCGUGACUCUGAUAAAGUUCCUUGUGACAUCUGCCACAGGAAGAAGUCCACGUCGGUCAGCUCGUGUCUCGUGUGCCAGGCGUCGUACUGCGAGAUCCACCUCACGCCUCACCUGAGCGUGCCGGCGCUGCAGAGACACCGGCUGACGGAUCCGGCCACGUUCACCAGCAGCCACCUCUGCAGGAACCACAACCAGCCGCUGACCAUGUUCUGCAAGAAAGACCAGAUGCCGCUGUGUGGGAAAUGCACGGCCGGGAGCCACAAAUACCACGAGGUCGUCCCCAUGGAGAGGGAGAGCAAGAGGGUCAAGUCUCAUCUCCGGGCUUCAAAGGCCAACGUCCAGCAGAUGAUCCAGACCAGGCUCGGGAAAAGGGAGGAGAUCCUAAAUUCAGUCGAAAUUAGCAAAAAGAUCACAGAGAGAGAGAUUGAGCGCAGUGCUCAGGUGUGCGCCCUGCUGACCGGCGCCAUCCGGACCCAGGAGGCGGCGCUGGUGCAGGAGCUGAAGGGGAGGCAGGAGGAGGCCGAGACGACGGCCAAGCAGACGCUUCACGAGCUGGAGCAGGAAAUCACCGAGCUGCAGGCGAGAGGCAGCGAGCUGCAGCAGCUGGAGCUCACUCAGAACCCGCUUCACCUCCUGCAGGGUUUCCCGUCCCUCAGCAGCCCCCCGGCCACCAGAGAGUGGUCCCAGGUCCUGGUCCACCCUGACAACUGCCUGGGGACGGUGAGGAGAGCCGUCUCCGCUCUGGUGGAGGUUUGUCAGGAAGUCGCCGACAGACUCUCAGCAGAAGAGACAGACAAGAUGAAUCAAUACGCAGUGGAUGUGACUCUGGAUCCUGAGACUGCGUCGGCCUGGCUGCUCCUGUCUCCAGACGGAAAGAAGGUGAGCCUCAGCAGCCAGAAAAAGACGACGCUACCAAACAACCCUCGGCGGUUUGACACCUGCGUCUGUGUCCUGGGGAAACAGAGCUUCACGUGUGGAAGGAGCUACUGGGAGGUUCAGGUUGGAGAUAAAACCGACUGGGACCUGGGCGUGGCCAGAGACUCCAUUAACAGGAAGGGCAGCAUCACGGUGCGUCCGGACAGCGGCUACUGGGCGAUCUGCCGGCGGAAGGGGAGGAGCCUGAGCGCCUGCACCGCCCCCUCCAUCACCCUCCACCCCCAGGACACCCCACAGAAGGUGGGCAUCUUCCUGGACUACGAGGGGGGGUCGGUGUCCUUCUACAACGCGGAGACGAAGACUCACAUCUACACGUACAGCGGCUGUUCCUUCGACGAGCCGCUACACCCCUACUUCAAUCCCUGUGUUCAAGAUGACGGGCAAAACACGACUCCGCUGGUGGUCUGUCCUCUGGAGACAAGCACCCGGGCGGCACUGGAACUAAUCAUCCAGUCAGAUGUGUAA